GAUUGGCUGAGAGAUGAGAAAUGGGCGUGGCUUGAUUUAUCGUCAUAUAUAAAGCCACGCUGGCGGGCGGACCUCUCUUUCUGUGCACGCGGUCGCGGCCGCACUGAGUCGCGAUGCCCGUGGCCAGGAGCUGGGUGUGUCGCAAGACCUACGUGACCCCGCGGAGACCCUUCGAGAAGUCGCGGCUCGAUCAGGAGUUAAAGUUGAUCGGGGAGUAUGGGCUGAGGAACAAGCGCGAGGUGUGGAGGGUGAAAUUCACCUUGGCCAAAAUCCGCAAAGCCGCGCGGGAGCUGCUGACCCUGGACGAGAAGGACCCCAAACGGCUCUUUGAAGGCAACGCCCUCCUCCGCCGCCUGGUCCGUAUCGGCGUGCUGGACGAGGGCAAGAUGAAGCUGGAUUACAUCCUGGGCCUGAAAAUCGAGGAUUUCCUGGAGCGCCGCCUUCAGACCCAGGUGUUCAAACUGGGCCUGGCCAAAUCCAUCCACCACGCCCGCGUGCUCAUCCGCCAGCGCCACAUCCGGGUGAGGAAGCAGGUGGUGAACAUCCCAUCGUUCAUCGUGCGCCUGGACUCCCAAAAACACAUCGACUUCUCGCUGCGCUCGCCCUACGGCGGCGGCCGGCCCGGGCGCGUCAAGCGCAAAAACGCCAAGAAGGGCCAGGGAGGAGCGGGAGGAGCUGAGGAUGAGGAGGAGGAUUGAGAGCCCCAAAAGGGCAGGAAUUGAGCCCAAAAAAUAAAGUGACUCCACCCAACAUUUGGGGGGUACUGAGGGAAAUUCCUGUCAAUAAAAAAAAUUUAAUUUU